GAAUAAAUAUAAAAAUGCUAGGUGAAAAGUCAAGGACCAAAUGGACUAAGAUUGCAUAGUUCGACGUAAAACGUUUUUCUUUUUUUCAAAUUAACUUAAAGUUAAUUGGAAGAUUUUCAUGUAUUUUCAUGUUUUUGUUAUCGGUUUCAAUAUGAUAAAAUACAUAUGAAUUGUGCUUUACAUGUAUUUAUUAUUGUUAUUGGCUUAAUAAAUACAUAUUUUUAUUUAAUCAAUUGCCAAAAAAAAAAAUACCGAAUGAAAUAUUCAAACUAGAAAAACGACUCGACCUGAAAUUUGACAUCAAACUGACAUGUGUUUGGUGAUGAUUGAAUGAAAACGCAGCAGUCACAUUUACCUAAUAAUUUUUACUAUUGGAGAAAAUAUUGCACGUGAAAUACUCUGCAUCACCGAUAUAUUUGACAAAAAACAAAACAAAAGACGGUAAUAACAUGAGUGUUGAUGCAUUUAAUUCACAAUCAUUAACGUUCAUAGAAGAAAAUGAUUUGAUUGGUGCUGAUACCCAAGGUACUGACUUUGAUUUUCGGGACUUUACUCUACCACAGCAAAGUCAAACUCAAGAUAACAACAGUGAGAUAAAUGGGUUUGAAAAUACUGAAAUUGAAAAGAAAAUCCUAACAGGCAUUAAUGAGUUGAAAUUUGAAGAAGACGAAGAUGAAGAAGUAGUUACUUCAAAUCAAGAUUUACCAGAACAUUCGUGCAAGUACUGUGGAAUUCAUGAUCCAAGUUGUGUGGUCAUGUGUAAUAUAUGUAAAAGAUGGUUUUGUAAUGGAAGAGGCAACACUUCGGGCUCGCAUAUUGUCAACCACCUUGUUAGGGCAAAACAUAAAGAAGUUACACUCCAUAGUGAUGGACCUUUGGGCGAGACUGUCCUUGAAUGUUAUUCAUGCGGAGUCAGGAAUGUUUUCGUGCUCGGUUUUAUACCAGCAAAAGCAGAUUCCGUAGUCGUUUUACUAUGCAGACAACCAUGUUCGUCACUAAGUUCUCUAAAAGAUAUGAACUGGGAUCCUGAACAAUGGAAACCACUUAUAACCGAUAGAUGUUUUCUCGCUUGGCUUGUAAAAUCACCUACAGAGCAGGACCAAAUGCGAGCACGUUUGAUCACGGCUCAACAAAUCAAUACACUUGAAGAAUUAUGGAAAGAGAAUGAGGAAGCCUCAUUUGAAGAUUUAGAGAAACCAGGCAUCGAUAAAGAACCAGCUCAAGUGCAAUUACGGUACGAUGAUGGAUAUCAAUAUCAAAAUAUUUUUGGACCGUUGGUCAACUUGGAAGCGGAAUACAAUAAACGUUUAAAAGAGUCCCAAACGCAAGAUAACGUCGAGGUUCGAUGGGAUGUUGGUCUUAAUAGAAAGAGUAUUGCAUUUUUCACUUUAGCAAAAGUAGAUAGUGAUAUGAAGCUAAUGCAUGGGGAUGAGUUGCGCCUUCGUUAUGUUGGUGAAAUGGGAAAAAAUUGGUCAGGUGUUGGACAUGUCAUUAAACUUCCAGACAACUGUAAUGAUGAUGUUGGAUUAGAGUUAAAAAACAGCCAGCAGCCUCCAACAGAAUAUACUUCUAAUUUCAUGGUAGAUUUUAUAUGGAAGGGAACAUCUUUUAGUCGUAUGCAACUAGCUUUGAAAAAAUUUGCUGUAGACGAGAAUUCAGUAUCAAAUUAUAUUUAUUCACGUCUUCUUGGACAUGGGCGCCAUGACGGAUCAGACGACGUUACUUUUCGAGUUAGUAAUCUUCCAAAACACUUUAGUGCUCCAAAUUUGCCUGAUUUGAACCGGUCGCAAGUUUAUGCAGUCAAGCAUGCUAUUCAACGUCCAUUAAGUUUAAUUCAAGGCCCUCCAGGAACUGGUAAAACAGUUACCUCAGCAAGCAUUGUUUAUCAAUUAGUUAAAAUUAAUGGCGGACCUGUGCUUGUUUGUGCACCUAGUAACACAGCGGUUGAUCAACUUACUGAGAAGAUUCAUCGUACUAAUUUACGUGUCGUGCGUGUUUGUGCAAAAUCAAGAGAGGCCAUUGAUUCGCCUGUUGGAUUUUUAGCUUUACACAAUCAAAUACGCAACAUGGGAUCGAAUUCAGAGUUGAAAAAGCUUCAGCAGUUGAAAGAAGAGACAGGAGAGUUAAGUUCAUCCGAUGAAAAUCGCUAUCGUAUGUUAAAACGACAGGCUGAGCGUGAGCUAUUGGAAGCAGCUGAUGUUAUUUGCUGUACAUGUGUAGGUGCUGGCGAUGCUCGACUUUCUAAGAUCAAGUUUAACUCCAUCUUAAUUGAUGAAAGCAUGCAAUCCACAGAACCAGAAUGUAUGGUACCUGUUGUUUUGGGAGCACGUCAACUUAUUCUUGUUGGCGACCAUUGUCAAUUAGGUCCGGUGGUUGUUUGUAAAAAAGCUGCAAAAGCUGGCCUCUCUCAAAGUCUUUUUGAGCGUUUGGUAGUGUUAGGUAUUCGACCAUUUCGAUUAGAAGUUCAGUAUCGUAUGCAUCCUGAGCUUUCUCAAUUUCCAUCUAAUUUUUUCUAUGAAGGAAGCCUUCAAAAUGGAGUGUGUGCGGAAGAACGCAAAUUAAAAAUUGAUUUUCCAUGGCCUAAUAUUGAUUGUCCCAUGUUUUUUCUCGUAACAUUGGGAGCCGAAGAGAUUGCUGGUUCAGGCACAUCUUAUCUUAACCGAACUGAAGCAGCAAACGUAGAAAAAAUUACAACUAAAUUUUUAAAAGCUGGUGUUAAACCAGAACAAAUAGGCAUUAUUACUCCUUACGAAGGGCAGCGUGCUUACUUAGUUCAAUACAUGCAAUACCAAGGUGCGCUUCACUCUAAGCUAUAUCAAGAUAUAGAAAUAGCUAGCGUGGAUGCAUUUCAGGGAAGGGAAAAAGAUUUAAUCAUAAUGUCGUGUGUUCGUUCAAACGAACACCAAGGAAUCGGAUUUUUGAAUGAUCCACGUAGAUUAAACGUUGCGUUAACAAGAUCUAAAUAUGGAAUAAUUAUCGUUGGAAAUCCAAAAGUUCUAUCAAAACAACAACUAUGGAAUAAUUUAUUACACUUUUACAAAGACAAAAAAGUUCUGGUCGAAGGAUCUUUGAAUAAUUUAAAAGAAUCAGUGAUUCAGUUUCAAAAGCCGAAAAAAAUAAUUAACACAUUCAAUCCUGGUUCACAUUUCAUGACCAAAAAUACUUAUGACGCUAAAGAAGUUAUGACUACAGGGUCUGUAUAUGAUCGUCCGAAACAAAUGAGUUACAUUCAAGCUAAUCAACCAUCAACUUCGCUUAGUUUUCAACAACAAUUCAACUACUCAACAAACUCGUCAAAUAAUAUGUUCGCAACUCAUCAUGAUCGAAUGAGCUACAUUUCAUCAGAAUGUUCACAAUCACUUUCUAAUAAUAUGGCAGUUCCAGUAGGAAUGUUUAUGAAUAUGGCGAAUAUUCCUCCUCGUUUCUAUAACCAACAACAGCAAGCCAUACAAGCAGCAAAACAAAGUCGUAAAAAGUUUCAAACGCAUUCUAAUGACAACAAAUCGUUCAUAUCUGAUAGUCAAAGAUUGAAAUUAGCACCAAUUGGUAGUGGAGGACCGUAUACACAAGCUCUUUCACAAAACAUGAGCCAGCCUGGUUUUAGUUUGAGUCAACAACCAGACUUUUCACAAGAUUUAUUAAGCGAACUUCAGUCACAAGGAGAAAUUCCAUUAUCACAACAUGAUUUCAAUAGUCAAAAUCCUGGAUUUGGUCUACCAUCAGCUCCAAAUUAUUCGCAGCCUUUUUGAUUUGCCGUUGUAAAAACAUAAUGGAUGUAAAUUAAAACGACAAUCAAAAUUAAAGUAUGAAACUCAAAUAAUUUAGCAGAUUGGAUAUUUGGCGGCGAAUAAGUGACGUGGAUUCAAAGGAAAAAAAAUGGGCUGCUCAAAGGAUGAUUUUGUUGCCUAUACUGCACUCUAAACGAGGAUACAUAAUUUGUAAAUUGACUCUUGAAUCUAAUGAAAUCAAUAAAGAAAUUGUAAUAUUACUCUGUUAGUCCAUGAUGAAACUAAAUGGUUUAAUGGUUUAUACUCACUUAUUUUUUAGUGAUUUUUAUUUUUCUUAAGCUUUUUAGGCCAUUUUUUAUUAUGAAAUAAAUCACAUAAAUAAAC